UAAAAAAAAGGUUUUUAAAUUUUACAGAAAAAAAAUUGCCAGACUUUAUUGGCAAAUUUUUAAAUUAACAUAAACAACUGGCAUCCCGUUCUACGAAUGCAGGGAUCUGAAUGUUUUAAAUGAGAAUUAUUCAAAAUGGUUGAAAUAUUCAAGAACUUGGUGGGUACUCUAAUCCGAGGACCGUAUCAUGUACAGAUUGUGAACACUUCAGAUUACAAUAAUCAAGUUUUGAGUGAUCCCCCACUCUACCUCUACAAAGAAAGAUCUACAUUCCAUGCUAUUUUGAAAUUACCAAAGUCUAGCUCAAAAGUUUUCAGUUUGUUCUGUUUGAGAGAAGAAGGAGAAGCAUUUGUAGUAUUCAAUUCCUUCCGGCAACGCCUGGCUAAACUGAUUAUUCCAGUUCCUCCCGACCUUGAUUGCAAACUAUUAAAAACUAUCUGUGACUGCUUAAGGGAGAACCCAUUAUGGUCGACUGCCCAUAUAGCAGCUUAUGUAGGCUAUGAAGAUGCUUUCAAGAAUGUGGAUGUCUUAAGGCACAUAAAUGAACAAUCACAAAUUACGGGUAAAACGGCUUUGAUGGUUGGUGUCAAGAAUAACAAUUUCCAGUGUGUGAAGACGAUGUUAAAGAAUGGUGCAAUGACAGAUCUGAAUGACAGAGAUGGCAACACUAUAUUCCACUAUGCCAUCCACUCCAAAGAAGUUAUCAUGUUGUUCAAGGAUUAUUCUGCAGCCAGUGCCAUUAACAAAAAGAACAACAAUGGUGAGACACCCUUCUUUCAUUGUUGUCAACAAGGGAGUCUGGAGUGCACUCAGGCUCUUCUUGAUAUUGGAGCAGAUCCCUAUCAAAUGAGUCAUGGAGUCGCUCCCAUCCACGUAGCCUUGAAGAGGGGAGAUUCCAAUUUGAUUGAAUUACUGUGCAACUUCGACAAGAGGCUGGCCUCUCAGCAAGACCAGAAAUACGGAGGCUUCCCAAUCCAUUGGGUACAAAAAGAAGAGCAUAUUAACAUUCUGAGGCAAUACGGAGCUGACAUAAAUGUCAUCAGUACUUACAAUUCUCGCUCCGCUCUCCACAUAAUGUUGGAGAAGCACCGCUACAACUGCGCCAUGACUUUACUUAGUCAUGGCAUAGAUGCCAACUUGAAAGAUAAAGAUGGUAAUACAGGUCUUCACAUUGCGGUUGAGCAUCAAAACCUGAGCAUGGUGAGAGCUCUGGCAAUAUUCGGGACUGAUCUGAACAUUCGUAACAAUCAGCGGCACACUGCAAGACAUAAAGCUGCUUUACUGAAAAAUGAUAAUGGGCCUGAAAUAGUAUGUUCACUAAAUCAAAGUGGGGCUUCUCGUUGCGGAACUGAUGUGUCUGGCUGUCUCCGAGGUUGUGUAUCUGGUGGUCAGUUCAAUGGAAGUUUGAAAACAAAAUCUCUUAUGACUGAUGAUUACGAUGCUGCCUAUGAUGAAAUGCUAAUAGGGCAAUUUCUAGCUACACAUGGUGCCAACAAAAACAAGGAUGGUUACAGGGUCCUCUGUCUUGAUGGUGGUGGUAUCAGGGGUUUAAUUACGAUCCAGAUGUUAAUUGAAAUAGAGAAACAUGUUGGUAAACCAAUCCAAGAAUGUUUUGACUGGAUUUCUGGCACAAGUACAGGAGGAAUCCUCGCUUUGGCCAUAGCCCAGGGUAAACCGUUGAAUUAUUGCAAAAGUUUAUAUUUCCGGAUGAAAAAUGAUAUAUUUUCUGGCAAACGACCAUAUUCUUCUGACAAACUCGAACAACUGCUGAAAGAUGAGUUUGGUGAAGACACUGUCAUGUCAGAUUUGAAACGGCCAAAGGUGAUGGUGACAGCUGUCAUAGCUGACCAGAUUCCACCCAAGCUGCAUCUCUUCCAGAAUUAUUCUUACUCAUUAGCGUUACCCAACAUAGAGCAACAGCCAGAGGAGACAUCUAUCCAUGCCCAAAAAGUGUGGCAUGCAGCUCGCUGUUCAGGUGCUGCUCCAACAUUUUUUCGAGCAUGUGGAAAGUAUUUAGAUGGAGGCCUGAUGAGUAACAAUCCAACUCUUGAUACCCUCACUGAAAUCCACCAGUACAACCUUGCAGAGCAACAAAAUAACCGAGAGACACGACCAGUAGGUUGUGUUGUAUCACUUGGCACCGGACGUAAACCUGUUGUUAAAACCAACAGUAUGGAUGUUUACCUACCUGAAAACUUCCUUGAUAUUGCAAUUUGUGCUGUGAGAAGUUUGGCACUCAAAGACCUCAUUGUCCAUCAGGUAACCAACACUGAUGACCAACCUGUCCAACAAGCGAGAUCUUGGUGCAAUAUGUUGAACAUACCAUAUUUCCGAUUCAACCCUCCACAAAGUGAAGACAUCCCAUUGGAUUGUCAGGACAGUGAGAAAAUUGUUGAUGUCAUGUGGGAAACUUUGUGUUAUUGUAAUACCCACAAAUCAAAAUUUGAAAAUCUUGCAACUAUUCUAAUGAGUAGAUAAGAUCUGACUGCAUUUUAUUUGGAAGCGGGGUGGAUUUCUUUUUCUUCUCCAUACACACACACAAAACAAAGGAGAAAUAUUGAACAGACAAAUAUUUUUUAAAAUUUUGUUGAGAAUAUAAAUAGUAAAUAAGAUAUAUUUUUCAUGGAAUUUAUAUCUAGUUUGUAAAUGUAUUAUUCUAUUUGGUAAAUUGUGAUGCUAUAAAAAUAAUAAAGUAAAUAUUGACUUA